AAGGGCCAGUGCCGAUGAUACAUACCACAAUCGACGUAUAUAAAAGCGGUAUCUACCCAAGACGCAAUCAGUUUCUUGUCCUCCUGCUUAGCAGAGAACGUCCACGAAAUGAAUCGACUACUGCUAGCGUUCGGGCUCGUCUGCUUACUGCAGGGACUCUCUGCUGAGCCGAGACCAGAGUUUGCGUUGAGCGGUACCGUUCCAGCAAGCAUCCGCAUUACGGCGGUGAAAAACGAUGCUAAUGUCACUGCGACUGCCAUCAAGGCGCUCAACGUGACUACUGUUAACUCCGGAUUUGCGGGGCUAGUCGGCACAAAGACUCAGAUUGAAAAAGUCAUCACCGACUUCGAUACAAAGGCGCAGGCCAUCCUUGCCGCCUACGAUACGCUGCUGGCUGCUAACGAUGGCAACGUAUCCGGACAGUUUGACGCCUUCGUCACCACCAUCAAUGCAACGAUAACGUAUAUCUCGACCGAUGCCAGCAACGUUACGGCCGAGCUGGGCGUGUUCAACUACACUGGCAUCUCGGAUGAGUUGACGGACGCGUUCGAGCGCAUCCUUACCGGAUUGACCGAUCUGAGAGCGAAGACCGUCACUGUGCAGACGGGUAUCCAGGCCGCAGUUAACAGUGCAGGAUCGGCGACAGUCAGUGCGGACAUUCUGCGCCAGUUCGUGCCACUGCGCACCAUGUACGAUCUGCUGCGCGCGGCCAGCAACCUGCGUGCCUAUCUGCCGCUGGUGCAGUACAUUCUGACCACCACGAUCGAGAACAUCGCGGAGGCGGACAGUUACUUGAUGAAUCUGAAGUCACUUCUGUCGACGGGCGUUUCGUCAGAAGCGAGCAAAUACGGUGUCGAUAUCGAGAAGGUUACCAGCGAAAUUGAAGCGCAGCUUGCAGCGGAUUUUGCUGGCGAGGCCGACACUGCUAAUGCCACUUACUAUACUGUGAAUCAGUAUUCAAACAUUAACAGAGCCGCAAACCAUAGCGAUCUAAUGAGUACUCUUAGCACGCUGAACACUCUGUUCACCACCACCACACUGGCGGGCAAAACGGCCACUCUCGGUUUGGCAUUUGAUAAAAUCAACACAUCACUGACCACCCUCGUCAGUCAGCUGCAGAACUCAACCGAUGUGCUUACGAAUCCGCUCGUCAAAGAGCUGGUUGACACGCUGAUGGGUAAUGACGAGUACGGUCGCUACUGCUACCACAAUGUGUGGACAAGGAGUACGAGCGUCUCGAAUACUUGA